AACAUUAUAUUGUCCAUUAUAAAUGAUAAGUAGUUGCUGUCCUGGUCAUUUUCAAAGAAUCUGAGCGGAAAUCAAUCAAUUGGCUAUUUAAUCUCAUUCUUAACACAUGUGCAACUUGAAUUAUGACUAAAGGGAGUCAAAUACAUCGACAUCGCCAAAACCCGAGUUCAUUAGCUUGUUUUUCCUCUUUUGAAGCUGAGAUAAACGGCAUUUUGAGGCAACCUGAAUGCAGCAUUUUUGCAGAAAAAGCCCCAAUAGUCGUCUUUGCGAGCCUGUGUAGAAAUAAAACAAUCCAUACAACAUUAUCUUUAGCUAACUGUUUAUAAUUUAACAACAUCGCAGUUUUAUGUGACUUGAUUGUGUAGUAGGUUAAAGUUGGAGACACGGUUUUGAAAUGUCCAUCCCUUUAGGAGAGAGGAAAUGAUGAAUGUGGCAGUGAAUGUAGUUCUGUCUUCGUGUCCACCAAACCGCUAUGAGCUGCUGGCUUGGCUCAAUUACACUUUACAGACACGCUUCACCAAGUUGGAGCAGCUGUGCUCAGGUGCCGCCUAUUGCCAGCUGAUGGACUGGUGUUUUCCCGGGACCCUGGACCUUUCCAAGGUCCGGUUUCAAAGCAGCAGCACGGAGGACGCAACCCACAACUACAGUUUACUGCAAGCUGCGUUCCAAAAAGUUGGAGUGCUCCGAUACAUCCCCGUCGACACGCUGAUAAAGAACAAGUCUACAGUGGCUGUGACCUUCCUGCACUGGUUCAAGCUUUUCUUUGAAAAGAACAACAACGGCAGGGAGUACCAUGCCUUGGAGGCCAGAGGUGGACAGAAUAUGGUUCCUGAAUCAGAGGCCUCUCAUCAGGAACUAGAGAUAAUUGUGAAGAUGGCGGGGAAAAAAACGGAAGAACUGAAAAAACAAAAAACACUAACGGUGAAGGAGAUUUUGAACAGGAAGGCCAAAGUCUCGUCUCAUCUCAUCCCGUCUUCAUCCGCUUAUCCGGGGUCAGGUUGCGGGGAUAGCAAGUCCAGCAGCGGACCCCAGACUUCCCUUGCCAAGGCCAGUGUGAUAGUAUUAAUAUCUGAGGAUGAGGAUGCCCAGGUGGCUGUGAACACGGAGCCGAAAGCAGAGCCAAUGGAAAUGGAGAUGAUGGAAGAGCUCGAGCAGGAACAGAUAAACAUGGUGGAGCCGGUCGAAGCAGCGGUGAAGACGGAAGAGCGAGAGUGUAGCAGUGAUCCUCUGUUUUUGUUCAUCAACAAGUACUGUAGUGGCAAUGUGGACGGCAAUGUUGACGCUCUGAGUUCUGACCCUUUAGUUUCUUCCAUCUUGAGUCCAACCCACCCUAAAGACAUCAUUCAGGUCUGCCGGCACACGCCGUACUGCCUCUACCUGUACAUGGGGGUGGAGCUGGGCGGAGGACAGACCACUAGCGUCCUUCUGAUUGGCUACUUUGACCAGAGCUCGGGGGUCAGUGUGGUGAGGCUGCUGCACACUCUGCGGAUGAGCGUCGACACUGUUAAUCCGCAAACCUCGGCGGACGCGGACACCGGCGCUACCCCAGGCACGCGCAGUGCAGAUGGCGAUGCACGAGUCCUGAUUGAGACGCUGAAGAAGUUUGAGCUGCCUCUGGCCAACCUUUCUGUGUUUUACUGUAACGCUUCAAGCUUAUGGGCGAGGCAGAAGUUUGUAUCCCAGCUUCAGACGUGCUGCCCCAGGUUAAUAACACUCUCUGGCCUCCCUGGGCUAGCAGCAAGAGCAUGCCAGGCUGGACUCAUGGCUUCCUUUAGUGGCCUGCUUGACCUGAUCAGAGUCAUCCACUGUCACUACUCCACCUGCACCUCCGUUAAUGACAGUCUGAAGGAGCUGUUUACCAAUUCACUGUCUUAUGACCCGUCAAAACCUGUCUCUGGACAUUGUUUAUUCAUCAUCAACAUUGUGCAGAAGAUGGCCAACAACUGGAGGGAUUUAGUGGAUUAUUUCAAGUCACUGAGGCCGACUGCAGCCUCUGACUGGAUCAGAGCCCAGCUGAUGGAUCAUAAAAUCAAGCUGCAGUUCCUGUUCCUCUCCCAGGCUUUGGAGCCCCUCCAAGCUCUACAAGAAUGGCAGCAGUACGGCACAGUAGACGUCGCCGCAGAGCUCCAACUGUCCGCCAUGCUGGUCCACACCUACACAACCAGUCUCCUCCGGCCCUCCGUCCACGAGCACUUUCUCAGGAAGCGGAGCGUGCAGGUCCUCAACAACGAGCUCCCCCCAACCGAAGUGAACAUUGGUUCUCGUGCUAGAGACUUUCUGUGGGCCACCGCUGUUGUGGAUCUGGGGGAGCAGGAGAGGAGUGACUUCCUGAAGGGCGCCGCGGCCUUCUAUAAAGGAGCAUUACAGAGUUUAGUGAGGAAUAUGCCCAAGUAUCUUGGAGACGCAGCACUAAGGAAUAUCCGCAAAGUCCUGAAACAUCCUGAAAAUAUCAAUGAAAAUGGAUUGUCCAGAUGCGUGCUGUCAGAGAUCGGGGUUCAGCUGGGUCUCUGUAACACCGGGACUCCAGAAGCACUCCAACUGGCGUACGAGUACCUCAGCGCCAUUAAAACAUUAAAGGAGGAACAGAAAAAAGGAAGAGGAGGUCACUGCUGGGUGAAGAUGUUGCGUGGCAUUAGACAGCACUCUAUCCUGCGUACGUUCCUCCUGAUCCUCCUGGCCCUGCCGGACUCUCUAGACAGUACGCAGGUGUUUGAUAAGAUGUGCAGCAGCACCAAGACUCUUUUUGACAGCCAGAAUACCGUCAAAACCUCACUUAAAGCAGAGAGGUUCAGAAGGAAACGACCUGUCCGGGCAGGUAAUGGUGGCAUGAACCAAGGAGAGGAGGAUGAAGAGACUUCGGAGACAACGGAUGACAGCGACAAUUCUGUAGUCAGACACAGACGAUGUGUUCCUACCAGACACAACCACUGUGCGAGUGAUUCAGACUACACGGACAAUUCCUCGGAUGUGGUUGACGUCACCGAAGAGGCCAAAACGUGUCGGACCAGUAGACUGAUGAACGCAGAAAAGCCAAGGAUCCCAACGGCAGAGUCCGUAUACAUUAUAAGCGAUGAUGAUGGUGGUGUUGGUGAUGAUGAUGAUGAUGGUGGGAUGGUUACAACAAUUACACCAACCUACUCAGAACCACAGCUGGGUACGAAGGGGGAGCUGGUUUGGGGGAAGCUGGACGGCUUCUCUUUCUGGCCAGGCAUCAUCAUACCCCGCAAGGUAAAGAAUCCAGGGAUGAAGAUGGUGGAGUGGUACGGACAGAGAAUGUCCUCUCAGGUCGCAGUGGAGACUCUGAAACCUUUCGCUGCCUUCGCUGAGCACUUCUGUCCCAAAUCCUUCGCCAUCCUCGUCACCUACAGACAAGCCAUCUUCUUGUCCCUGCAGGAAGCAGCUUUACGUUGUGAGAAGCAGUUUUCUGCAAAUCUGACCGACAAAGAUGGGCUGCUGAAACAGGUGUUAGACUGGGCCUUGGAAGGAUUUCAACCUAUGGGGCCAGAUAGACUCACAACAACGGCUGCCGUCAACGGUGUUACUAAAACAAAGCAGAAACCAAUGGCGAGGAAGAGCGUCUUCUCGAAAGCCAAAUCUCCCCGACGCUCCGUAAACUCCUCCGAGCCGAUGAGCAGCAAGAGCAAUACCGCCAACUCUGAGCUGAGAGACGUGGCUGUCUCCAUGAACAGUUUGUCGUGCAACUCUACAGAGAAGUCCCCCCACAAAGACGGCGGUGGAAAGACUGCGUUGGAAGAAGCAGUCGAUUCCGCGGGAAAAGACGCUGAAGUAGUCACGAAGGAGAAGGAAUCCACAGGAGGAUUGGCAGCAGAGAUGGGGAAACAGGGGAAGAGAGGAUGGGAGGGAGAGAAAGAUUACUGGGAAGCAAGAUGGGAGAAGGGGAAAGGGAAGGCUAAGGCCGGGUGGAAAGCCGGGAAGGUUCAGAAGAAGAAAAGCGGUCUUAUUGAUGAAUUUGAUAACGACAUGUCGCCAGACUUUGUGCCGAACAAGAAGAGGACCUACACCAAAUCCUACAACAAGAUCAAUGAGCCGACCGCCAUGUACACCCAGCCGGACCAAACACUCAGAGAGAAGACCAUCCAGAUGAUCAUGGCCAAGAAACUCAACAUUGACGGCUUCUGUUUGUGUUGCGGGACUGAAAGCGUCGAGAUAUUCCACCCUCUAUUCAAAGGAAGCCUCUGCUUGAAGUGUAAAGAUAACUUUACAGAAACUCUGUUUCGCUAUGAUGAAGAUGGAUAUCAGUCCUACUGUACCAUCUGCUGCUAUGGGAUGGAGGUCAUACUGUGUGGCAACGAUAGCUGCUGCAGAUCUUAUUGUGGGGACUGUCUGAACAUCCUCAUCGGCCAGGGGACGUUUGAUUCCUUGAAGGAGUUGGACCCGUGGAUCUGCUACAUGUGUCAGCCCCAUCGACCCCACGGUGCUCUGAUUCCCAGAGUGGACUGGAGCAUUCGUGUGCAGGAAUUAUUCGCCAACAACAGCGGCAUGGAGUUUGAGCCGCACCGUGUUUACCCGUCCAUCCGUGCCAACCUGCGCAGACCAAUCCGAGUUCUCUCGCUGUUCGAUGGCAUAGCAACAGGUUACCUGGUGCUGAAGGAUCUCGGCUUCAAAGUAGAAAAAUAUGUUGCCUCGGAGGUUUGCGAGGAUUCAAUUGCCGUGGCAACCGUCAACCACGAUGGGAAGAUCAUUCCCGUUGGUGACGCCCGGUUAAUCACAGAGGAGCUCCUCGAGCAGUGGGGUCCGUUUGAUUUGCUGAUUGGUGGCAGCCCCUGUAAUGACCUCUCCAUCGUCAACCCAUUAAGAAAAGGCCUCUACGAGGGCACUGGCAGGCUGUUCUUUGAGUACUUCCGCAUCCUUCAGCUGCUGAAGCCCAAAGAGGAAGACCCCAGACCGUUCUUCUGGCUGUUUGAGAACGUGGUCUUCAUGAACACGCAUGAUAAAGUCAACAUCUGCCGCUUCCUCGAGUGCAACCCGGUGCUGGUGAAUGCAGUCAAAGUUAGCCCUGCCCACAGAGGUCGUUACUUCUGGGGAAACAUCCCAGGGAUGAGCAGGCCCAUUAUCGCCUCCCAGAAGGACAAGCUGACCCUCCAGGACUGUUUAGAGAUCGGUAGAGAGGCCAGGGUCACCAAGGUGAGGACGAUCACCACCAAUCCAAACUCUCUGAAGCAAGGCAAAGGUGUCUCUCAGCUGCCUGUCCUCGAGAACGGCAAAGAGGACAACCUCUGGAUCACUGAACUGGAAAGGAUCUUUGGUUUCCCCAAACAUUACACCGACGUGAGGAACAUGAACCGGCAGCAGAGGCAGAAGGUGCUGGGGAAGGCAUGGAGUGUGCCGGUCAUCCGUCACCUCUUCGCUCCUCUGAAGGACUAUUUUGCCUGUGAGCAGCUGCCUGUAUGACCUCCACCUCCCUGUCCUCCCCUGCCACUCCACAACUGCAUCAACUGAGAUAUCGGAGGUCUGUGAUGUUUUGCAUAGUGACGUGUUUGUGUGUUUUGAAGGGUUUUUUUCCCCACCACGUGUUUUAUAAGAACAAGAUGGAGCAUAACUG